AUGUUGGAGCUUCAUGUCUGGGGACCAGCCUUUGGCCUAGCCUCUAUUGACGCAGAGUGCCUCGCGAUCAUCACGUAUCUUCGCAAUGCGCUUCCUGCCAGCGGCUGGCGCCUCAUCCCGAGCAACCGUCCUUCCGCAUCCCCAUCAAAUCUUCUCCCCGCUCUCGACCAUGCCGGCACAUGGGUUAGCGGUUAUCACGCAAUAGUAAACUACCUCACUUCCAAGUCACUCUGUACAAACCUCGAUGCGAAUUUGGACCCUGUCCAGCAAGCAGACACCAUUGCAUACGGUGCUUACUUGCUGGCCAACGCCGCGCCCCUCGUCGAUCUGUCUCUCUACGUCUCGGCCGCGAACUGGUCCGCAACAACAAGACCGGCCUAUAGCGCCUUGUUACCAUUUCCCUUGACAUGGACCCUGCCGCCGCUGAUACGAGCCGAGGCUGCUCAGCGCGCGGAGCAUCUUGGUCUCGCCGAGCUGGAUACAGACUUUGAUCCUAAUGGCGGACUGCAUUUGACUGCUGGCCGGGACGCCUUGCCCGAAACAUUUCGUAGGCAUUUGCCCGCGCGGACGAAGAAGACUGUGCGAGAGGAGAUGACGCCUGAACAGGCUGCUGCUAUACGGUUGUAUGGGUUGGCGGAGGACUGUCUAUCCGUUGUGAAUUCGUUGCUGGGAGAGAGCAGUUUAGAGGACAAGUCGCCUCGUUUCUUCGGCGGAAGCCGUCCAUCCUCUUUGGAUUGCCUGGCAUAUGGGUUCCUGGCACUUAUGGUAGUGCCGGAUGUCCCCAGAAGCUUCCUCAAGGACUGGAUUGGCGCGGAGACCCCACGGCUCGUCACGUUCGUAGAGUCAAUGGCUCCCGCUGAUUUAACAUGGUCUCCUACGGCAGCCCCUUCGAUUUUGGGCUCAACUACACGCGUAGCUGACUCCAUCUUACGAAAUAUUCCCAGCGUUGGAGAACAUUAUGCCAAUGAAAUGCGGUAUAGAACGGAAGUUGGCGUGAAGGGCCUGGAUCAGAGGGCUUUGAUGAUGAUGAUGAGCGUCAUGCUUACAGGUGCUGCCGUCGGAUACGGUUUACACAUGUACAAGAGCCUACAGCCAUUUGGGGCCAGAACACAAGUUUGGAGACAGCUCCGUGGUACAUCUAGGUUGAGCCAGUUUGGGGACCUUGGCAAUAUGCUCAGCAGUGCCAUAGGAGCAUAUCAACCGGAUCCAAUCCCCACUGGAAAUACUUCAAGUGGUCGCCUUGUGGAGGUUGACUCGGAGGUGGAUUAA